GAGGGAUCCUCACUCCAGACCACAUCUGACUCGCUCUCCUCAGAGAAGCACAAGCUCUCCUUCUGAAACCAUGGCUCCUACUUGCAUGCCUUCUGCUGACUACUCAAAGCUUUCCAACAAGGAAAAACAUAAACUAAGAAAACCAGUGGUGGAAAAAAUGCGCCGCGAUCGCAUCAACAGCUGCAUCGAGCAGCUUAAGGUGAUGCUGGAGAAAGAAUUCCACCAGCAAGACCCCAACACCAAGCUGGAGAAAGCUGACAUUCUGGAAAUGACUGUCGUCUUCCUGAAGCAGCAGCUGCAAAGCCAGAUCUCAGCGCCUCAGAAAGCUCACUGUGACGGUUACUCUCAGUGCUGGAGGGAGACUGUGAACUUCCUGUCUGCCAACUCCAAACUUGACGUGACGCUUCAGCAUCUCAACCGCGGUCAAGAAGCCCAGAGAGCACAGAAAGAUUUCCCGGUGUCUCCGCGUUCCUCCCAGACCCACCAGGCUCCGGUCAAGCAGGAGAUCAGCGUGAACAGACCUGUGUGGAGGCCGUGGUAGAGACACUGAUCACUGAGACUCUCUCAUGUUAACCAGAUGGUAGUUUCACCAUCUCUUAUAAUGUAGGAGAUUUGUAUUUCCACAUAUUUCCAAUAUGGAUUGUGAAACAUUCUUCUCUCUGAGAAGCAUUUAAAGUGCAGAUUCUUCAUAUUGAAUACUGUUGGAAACUGAACUUUAUAAGUUUGCUCUGUCAUGUAUUGUUUUUAUACAUAAAGUCUGUAUGUCUUUACUAUAUUGUCUUAGAAUGAGCAUUUGUAAUGACUUGUCGGAUUAUGUUGUUGUAAUCUUUGAUUUGAUUUUGGCCUUUUAUAAAGGCAGCUGAGAAAUUGUACAUUUUCUCAUCUUGGUACUUUAAUGCACCGAAAUGUAUAGUUGA